AUGGCGGCGGCGGCGGCGGAGCGCGGCCGCGAUGGCAGCUGCCACUUCCAGCGUUCCCGGCUCAUCUGGAUGGUCGCCAUCAUCUUGGGCAUGAUCCUCCUCGGCUGGGUAACGCUUUGGCCUUCAACUAUACCUUAUAGUUACUUGGGAUUAUUUGGUACCUUCCUUAAUUAUUUGGUGGAACACCACCACAAAUGGGUAUGCUACGGGUUCUGGGUAUCCUGGUUGAUUCACAUAGUGGAAGCCCUCUACGGUAUUAAGUUAUGCCAAGCUAAAGGAAUCACCGACCCGGCUAUUCAGUUUCAGUGGUUUGUUCAGACCCUGUUAUUUGGAUAUGCUUCCUUCGGUCUCCUGGUGUCUUACAAGCCUGCAGACAAGAAGCAGUACUAGAAGACAAUGAAAGAAGUCACUUCUCACAUACUUCAUCUCAUUUUUCUGAAAAGACCUCCACAUAUGUAUCUAGGUGCUGAAAUUAGCUAAAUUACAUUCCUGCUGCAUGAUGCAGUGCCCUCCUACCCAAGCAACUCUCCUCUUACUAAGCAACGCAACUAAAAUUCACAGAGCCCUGUGGAUAGUUCAGUAGAAAAUCAUAACUUCAGUCUUGGCACUGACAAAUUUUAAUCCUAUUUGUUAGGCAAGAAGCCAAAAGUUGCUCCUCUGCAGAUUUUGACAUGUAUACUCUGUCACUGAGAGCUGGUAGCAGUGGUUGAUAAAUUACCUUUUCAUGAGGAGAAUUGUUCUUCUGCAACAGGGAGGGUUAUUUACAUCCACAAGGCAGCUUGCAUGUGUUUUGUAAUAGGAUUUAAAUUUACCUAUAUUUUCUCUAUGGGACUGACAUUGUUGUGAAAGCCUGCUCUUUGCACUUUGUUUUGUCUGCUUACUUUGUUCCCCAGAGGACAGACCACUGUACUGCUGCAGGCACAUUGAAAAGACCAGGUCUCAGCUCAGGCUGAGGUACAGUGAGCUUGGAUACAUGAAGCACUUUAACUUGGUUUAAUACAAGUGCCUUAAAAUUCAUGCAGCAUGACCUCAUCUUUGUAAUGAAGACUUUAAGUUAUGAGUUAUUAUAGUAUAAAGUAGUUUUGAAGGCAGCUUUUUUGAAGAGUGAUUUAUUAUCCAAAGAAAAAAAUCAUUCAAAAACCUAGCUGAGAAAUUGAUAUUUGGGAAUGAAAUUAGAUGUAAUGAAUAAAUAUACUACUGAUUCCCAGCUGCUGGUCUUCUGAAACCUAAGGUUGAGAGACCAUCAUAAGCACACCUCAAGAGUAUUUCCUGUAUGUGUAGUGAGUCUUCCAUCAGACUGUCUUUUAAAUAUUUGAACAAGAAUUUAGCCUGUGUAGUUUUAGCACUUUUAAAAGGAAUAACUAUUUAAAGUACUAACUCUGGUGUGGGGAGAAGUUUUAUCAUGCCAUUUGCCAUGGUACUGUUCUGGAAGAAAGGGUAAGAAAAGGUUGUUCUUUAAGGGCUCCACAAGGUGGUAACAAAUAACUUCGUGCCUUGUGCAGUAUCUGCAGGCUGUAACACUUUGAUGUGGGAAGCCUUAUUCAAGCACAGAUACAUAAAGUUUUUGCUUUCGGUGGGUACUAAAAGCAUGAAGAACUGAAGGGUUUUGAAAUGGUCUGUUUGUAGUUUGGGUUUUGUUGUUUAAUGGCAAACUGUUAAACAUUUUAUAGAGAAGUAGAAACUCAUUUAGCGGCUAGAAAUCCAACAGGAAUGUCAAGAGCCUGAGCUACAUUUUACUGUGUAACCUUUUGUCUUAGUCUGUGACCCUGGAAUAAAGAUUUUUGAAAAGUGAA